CAUGAGCACUCCUGUCCUGAAUGUUGAGCUGCUAUCUCGGACCUGGUACGUUUCAAGCAGAUGGAAGUUUGGGCUUUCUGGCUCUUACUUUUUUGUGGCGUAUUUUCUGGAGAAGUUCUUGGUUUUCCAAAUGGAGGAGUCACCUCAGCUUGUGAUUCUGUGCUACCAGGACAUGGUAGCUCUGUUCCACAGACCACCUCAGCACCUUACUAUAUCUCUGUAUCCAACACCUCCUUUGGUCCUGGAGACAGGAUCAUAGUGACUCUGCAGGCAAACGACAGCUUUAGCUUUAAAGGAUUUUUGCUACAGACACGAACAAUCCUUGGAGAUGUUGCUGUUGGUACUUUCCACGUUAUAGAUGCGAACACACAAGGUCUUUUGUGUAACAAAAUUCUGAAUUCUUCUCUGAGUCAAACAAACCCUGGAAGUAAGAAAAUUAUAAGAGCAAUUUGGGUAGCACCCGCAGACAUAGGAAAUGUUGAGUUCAGAGCAACUGUUGUUCAGAGUUUGAAUGUAUUUUGGACUGAUGUCAAAAGCCAAACUCUUAUAUCUUCUAGCCACCCCCCUCCUGUGACUUCUGGACAUGUGGGUUGUGGCACAAAGAAGUUCUGUUUCAGCAGCCCUGCUGGGUGUAAUUCAGAUGAUCCAAGCUGUUAUUUCAUGUCUUCUGAGGCAGAAGGUGGAGAUGCUUUUAAAUUUGAAAUGAGUGGCCUGUCUGAUGGAUACAUAUCCAUUGGGUUUUCCAAUGACACGGAAAUGGGGAAUGAUGACAUUUAUAUUUGCACCAAGAAUUCAGCAGGACAGAUAGAAGUCCAACAUGCCUUUUCAACUGGACGAAUUACUCCUGAAAUUUUGCCUCUGGGUGAUGUGCAGAACAUAGUGACUUCCUUUAACAAUGGUAUUAUCAAAUGUUCUUUUACUACAAAAAAUGCCAUGUCAACUGGCUUGAAAGCUGCCAGCACUUCUUACUUCAUAUUUCUGGCUGUUGGACCAUCAGUAUCUGGACAGAUACGGAAGCAUUCAAAGAUACCUUUUAUCACAGAUGAGAAAGUGAAUAUUUCAAGCUAUAUGGCAGUAGGUGGCACCAGUUCUACACCUUCCAUUAUUAAGGCUCAUGGGGCUCUCAUGUUGAUAGCCUGGAUGACUACAGGAGGUAUGGGAAUGCUAUUUGCUAGGAAUGUGAAAAAAGCCUCUCGCAGUCUUCUCCUUGGCAAAGCUGUCUGGUUUCAGGUUCAUUGGUGUCUGAUGGUGUUAACUGUAACAGAAACAAUAACUGCUUUCAUACUAGCCUUUGUAGCAGCAAUGGGAUGGAGUAGUGGUGCAGGAGCCCAUGCCAUCAUUGGAUGCAUUGUCAUGAUUCUUUCUUUCUUUCAACCAGUGAUAGCUUUUUUACGGCCUUCUCUUCAAAAUAAAAGGAGAUUUAUUUUUAACUGGUUUCAUGCUCUAAAUGCUCUCAUCAUAAAGGUUCUGGCUGUUGCUGCCAUAUUUUUGGGCCUACAGAUGCUUGACAACUCUCCCAAUCAGUGGAUGAUUGGAACUAUGGGAGGAUUUGUAGGAUGGGAGGCAUUAAUAUACAUUAUGUUUGAAGCCUUGCACAAACAAGUUAAGUUUGAAGAUUCACGUGGUGAGGCUCAUGCACGUCUCAACAACCAUCUCGAUGGAAUAGAAGCAAUGUGGAUUACCGGACUACUACUUCAGUCUCAGGGCUGCUCUAGCCUCACAGAGCAGCUGCUGCAGAACCACAGCUCCCAGGGAACUCCUCUCUUUCACCAGCUCCUGCCAGUUCUCACUAGACAAGGCUUUGUUUUUUUCCAAUGCUGCUAUGAUUCCAUGAUGAUAGAAGCAGCUAAAAGUGAUAUCUUAAACAGCCCAACACUGGUGUAAGAUGCUGAUGGGCACAGCACAAUUCCUUAGCAUUGAGGAUGCAAGGAAAAGACAGCACCAAAAACGUAA